AUAUAUGGCAAGCACGCAAACUUUCACUGAAAUCUACCCUUUUACACAGCAAGAAUGGGUAACAAAAACCUUUUAUUACUUAUAGUGAUAUUGGUUUCUUGCUUCUCAAUAGAGGAAGCUCAGCCAACUGAUUGCACGGCCCCAAAAGACAGUGGGAUUUGUUACGGAUACUUCUUGAAGUAUUACUAUGAACCUCUCACUGGAUUAUGUCACGAUUUUAUAUACGGAGGCUGUAGGGGAAACGGAAACCGAUUCGAUAGUGAAGCGGAAUGUAUAGCUGCUUGUUCAGGAAAGCGACUUGCUUGAAAAGCUGCUUGGAGAACAGAUAUGAAUCAAUCAUGUAUUGGAUGCAAUCGUUUUUGCUAAAUUUGUUUAUUUUACUAUUGGUAUGCUGUAACUGGUUUUAAUAAUUAUCAUUAAAUGUCAAGACUGUUAGAGACUUACUUCAUGUUCUAAUAAUUUU